AUGCAUAGGAUGAAGCAGCGCGCGCUGCACGCCUGGCCAUGGUUGUGGCUGUGGCUGUUUGCGGCCACGGCAGGCUCCCCGUCUUCCGACAACCCCAUGCCGACGACUCUUCUGCCACUACGUGGCGGCGGGGAUGGAGGCGUGGGAAACGACGACGGCGAUGGCAACGGCGAUUUAAUGAAGCCGUCGAUCGAUACCGCAACGACCUUGCCGAUCACUUUUGACGCGAAUUUUUCUUCAGAACUCGAGUUCCGUUUCACGCAAUCUCGAUACAACGUCUCCAUUCCUGAGAAUUCCAUCGGCAAGACGUACGUCGUGCCCGACGAGAGGAUGGGCAUACAGCUCGCGUCCGCCGAUAGUGACGUUGAUGUUAAGUUUCGUAUAAUGAACGGCGAUCGCGAAAAGUUCUUUAAAACAGAGGAGCGAACGGUCGGUGAUUUUUGCUUUCUCCUGAUUCGGACUCGAACCAGCAAUGUCGAUGUGCUGAAUCGCGAACGCAAAGACCGAUACGAGCUUGUAGUGCGUGCCACCUGGAGUAAACGCGACGGUAGAAACAGAGCAAACUUACUCGAAGCGGACACCACGGUGAUAGUGAAGAUUCUCGACACAAACGAUCUCAAUCCACUGUUCUAUCCGAUCGAGUACGAAACCACCGUGACGGAGGACACGCCUUUGCAUCGCAGCAUACUCAGGGUAAUCGCCGAAGACGCCGAUCUCGGCAAAAAUGGCGAGAUUUACUACAGCUUCGCUGAGGAGACUGAUCAAUUCGCCAUUCAUCCGGUCAGUGGCGUAAUAACGCUCACAAGACCGCUCAGGUACGCGGAACGCGCCAUACACGAGCUGGUAGUCCUAGCGAAGGAUCGCGGCGCUUUGUUUCGCAGCGCGGGUAGUAGCCGCGCGAGCACCGCCAAGGUCACGAUCAGGGUACGGCAGGUGAACUUGUACGCACCUGAGAUUUACGUGCAUCAGCUGCCCGAUAUCGUCGAGAAUUCGAACGCCGAUAUUUACGCGAUCGUGCGAGUGAUUGAUCGUGACGACGGCGUACACGGCCAAAUCGCGAGUCUUGACAUCGUGGGCGGUGAUCCGGCCGGCCACUUCAGAGUGCGUCCGGCCGGCGGGCCACGCUCCGGCGAGUACAACAUCGAGGUACUGCACCUGCUUGAUCGUGAGACUGCGUUGCAGGGUUACAAUCUUACCCUGCGCGCCAUGGACCGUGGGGUGCCGCAACGAUAUAGUUACAAAUUUGUGCCGGUGCACUUGGUCGACGUGAAUGACAACGCCCCGGUGUUCAGUCGCGAGAUCUACGAAGUCAAAGUGCCAGAAACGGCGCCCAUCAACACGCCGAUCAUAAGACUUAAGGUCACAGACGCCGACGAAGGGAAGAACGCAUUGGUAUAUCUCGAGAUAGUCGGCGGUAACGAGGGUGGUGAGUUUCACGUGAACGCUGAGACUGGUAUGUUGUAUACCGCUGUCAAUCUGGAUGCUGAAAAGAAAGCGUUUUACACGCUGACGGUUUCGGCGAUUGAUCAAGGCAAUGCCGGCACCAGGAAACAAUCCUCGGCGAAAGUGAAGAUCAACGUGGUCGACACCAAUGACAACGAUCCAACCUUUGACCAGCCGGAAAUGGAGGUGAUGCUAGAUGAGAAUGAGCCGGCCGGCACGUCCGUCGUGCGAGUUACUGCGAAAGAUCGUGACUCCGGCGAAAACGCUUACAUAUCUUACAGCAUCGAUAACCUUAAGAAAGUACCGUUUGAAAUCGAUCAUUUCUCCGGUAUCGUCAAGACCAAACAGGUGCUGGACUACGAGACUAUGAAGCGGGAGUAUUUAUUGCACGUGCGGGCCAGUGAUUGGGGCCUGCCCUAUCGACGUCAGGCGGAGAUGCAAUUACGAGUGAAACUGCGGGACGUGAACGACAAUCGACCACAGUUCGAGCGGAUCGACUGUACCGGUCACGUGCCGCGAUACGUAUCGAUCGGCUCUGAGAUCAUCACCGUGUCCGCGAUCGACUUCGACGCCGGGAACAUCGUCAGUUACCGCAUAGUGUCCGGCAAUUCUGACGGUUGUUUCGCUCUCGACUCAGCCAGCGGCGUCCUCUCGGUCGCUUGCGAUCUGUCGGACGUCAAGGCGACCGAGAGAACUAUCAAUGUUACCGCCACUGACGGCACACACUUUGCGGACGUCAAUCCCGUGCACAUACAUCUUGUGAACGCCAAACGGAAUCUGGGCUCACAGGCGAGAAUCCUGACAGAUGAAACCGGUGCUUUCGAAUGUCACGACACCGGCGUGGCGCGUAGACUGACGGACGCGAUCGCCUCGGCAGAGAAGAACAACAUGCCGUCACGGGACGACGAGUACACCUUGAUACCGAGUCGUUACGGUGAGAACGUGCACGCGCCUGAGUUCAUCGAUUUUCCGAAUGAGAUACGGAUCAAUGAAUCGCUCAAACUCGGUACGGUUCUCGUGCGAAUACGCGCUCGUGAUCGCGACCUCGAUUACAAUGGUAAGCUUGUCUUCGUCAUAUCCAGUGGUGACCGCGACUCCGUCUUUGGCAUCGAUCCGGAUACUGGUGAUCUAAACACGAUCGGUUAUUUGGACCGCGAGCGGGAGAGCGAGUACUACCUGAAUAUAAGUGUAUUCGAUCUGGGCAAACCGCAGAAGUCCGCCUCAAAAAUGCUACCGAUCACUAUUUUAGACGUCAACGAUAACGCGCCCAAGUUUGAGAAGUCAUUGGCAAGUUUCAGGAUCUCCGAGACUGCGCUGAACGGCACCAACGUAUGGCGCGCCAACGCUACUGACUCUGAUCUCGGUGACAACGCGCGAAUAACUUACUCUCUCGUGACGGAAACCAAUGACUUCCGUGUGGAUCCUGUGACGGGUGUACUGAGCGUCUUCGGCAAGCUCGACAGGGAACGACAGGAGAUAUACGAGCUGAGGAUUCGCGCGCGUGAUAAUAGCAACGAUACACCACCCUUACACUCGGAUGCGCUCGUCAGGGUAACGGUCGAUGACGUCAACGACAACGCGCCUACCUUCGCGCUAUCGAAUUACAACGUCAAGAUCCGCGAAGACGUGCCGAUAUGGACCGUCGUGGCCGUUGUCGAUGCCACGGAUCCCGAUGAAGGCGCGGGCGGUGAUGUGGAAUACUUCUUGUCGGACGCGAUGGAGAGCGAAGGCUUCUUCAAGGUCGACAAAGUGUCGGGCACAGUGAGAACAACGCAGAGCUUGGACUUUGAGGAGCGGCAGGUGCAUACGCUGACGAUAGUCGCGCGUGAUCGUGGUGAGCCAUCCUUGUCUUCCGAGACGAUGCUCGUAAUCGAGGUGAUUGACGUGAACGAGAACCUUUAUACGCCAGUCUUCGAUGACUUUGUCGUGUCCGCGAGUGUCUUCGAAAACCAACCCAUUGGCACCCUCGUUACUACUGUUCGAGCGAAGGACGCGGAUCCUCCCGGCGGAGAUUCAAGAAUCGGAUACAGUAUUCGUGGAGGCGACGGCGUCGGAAUUUUCUCCAUCGACAAUGAAGGUGAGUGA